AUGAUAAAAAAUAUAUUUAAGUUACUCCCUAUUUCGCUUAGAGCUAUACCUCUUAAAUAGCAAUAAAACAGCUUUUCAUAGAUCUGUUCUCUUUAUAAUACUAAAUUAUUCAAAGUUAUUAAUUUAAUACAAACAAAUAAUAAAUGCUUCUUUAGCUUUCGUGCAAAAGAAACAUUCAAGAAAAAAACAUCUUCUUUAGAGAUAGAAACUCACUUUUAAGUAUCUGAUUUAACUCGUUGCAUUUAUAGAAGAAUGAAGUAGUUCCAUAAUGAAUAUACAGACAUUCAAAAAAUACUAUCAUAGGAACAAUAAUAAGCAGAUAUUAAUUUAGAAUAGCUCAGAAAGAAAAUAAAUGUUCUUUAGCCACUUAAUGACGUCUUUGAAAAAUUGGAGUAGAAUAUAAAAACUUUAUAAGAGUUAUAAAAGUAAAAGGAAGAAAGUGCGAGUGAUCCUGAAAUGCUCGCUCUCAUAGAAGAAGAAAUGGAAAAUUCUAAGUAAUUAAUAGAUGAGCUGUAAGAUGAAUGCUUAGAACAACUUCUUCCAAAAGGAAAGCAUGACGAUUGCAGUGAAAUAACAUUAGAAGUUAGAGGAGGAGCUGGUGGUAGUGAAAGUUCUCUAUUUGCUGAAGAAGUUUUUAAAAUGUACCAAGCUUUUUUUGCUUAGCAAGGAUAUUAAUUUAGUAUCGACUCAUUUUAAGUCGAUAUGGCCAUUAACAAAGGAUGUAAAUUGGGUGUUUUAAAAGUAUCUGGUACUAAUAUUUAUAAAAAAAUGAUGAAUGAAUCAGGUGUCCAUAAAGUUAUUAGAGUGCCUGAAACAGAAAGUAAAGGCAGAUUGCAUUCAAGUACCAUAUCUGUUGUCGUUAUGCCAGUUGUUCCCAUGGAUUUCAAAGUUGAUGAAAAGGAUUUGAAAUUCGAAUUUAUGAGAUCUCAAGGUGCUGGUGGACAGCAUGUUAACAAGGUAGAAUCCGCAUGCAGAGUUACACACUUGCCAACUGGAAUAAGUGUGCUUUGUUAGGAUGAUAGACAAUAAGAAAGAAACAAAUAAAGAGCAUUAAAGCUUUUAACUGAGAAACUUUUCCAAGUAGAAGUAGAAAAAUCUAAUUAAUAAUAGAGCGAUUAGAGAAAAAGCUAGAUUGGAGGCGGUGAUAGAAGUGAUAAAAUUCGUACAUAUAAUUUUCCUUAGGGAAGAAUUACAGAUCACAGAACUAAUUUAACCCUUUUUGGAAUAGAAAAAAUGAUGAAAGGAGAAUUUCUUGAAGAAUUCAUAGAUGAAUAUGAAGAGAAAGUCAAUAACGAACUAAUUGAGAGUGUAUUAAAAUAACUAGAAGAAGAUGAAAACUAAUCUCAACCUAAAAAUUGA